AUGGCAGAUCCCAGACGGGACUCGCGCAGUUGUGGAGACUGCUCAGAUUCAGAAGAAGAGAAAUUUUCCGAUGAUGAUUUUGAACCGUCAAAACUCGGAACCAAAGAAUAUUGGGAGGAAACAUACCAAAAGGAGCUAGAGACGUUUAAAGACAUUGGAGACGUUGGCGAAAUAUGGUUUGGUGAGGAAAGCAUGAAUCGUGUCCUGCGAUGGAUCCAGAAAGCUAAGAUCCCUGAGGAUGCUGCCAUUCUCGACAUUGGCACUGGAAAUGGGGCCUUCUUGGUUGAACUGGCAAAACAUGGAUACAGAAACCUUACUGGUUUAGAUUAUUCUCCAGCAUCAGUCAAACUGGCCCGAAAUGUUCUUCAGGCAGAGGGCUUUUCUGAUGUCACUGUAAAGGAGACGGAUUUCCUGAACUGCAGUGGAGAACUCGCAGGUUUUGAUGUCUGCAUUGACAAAGGAACUUUUGAUGCAAUUAGUUUAAACCCAGACAACAACAAGGAGGGAAAAAAACUGUAUGUCCACACCCUAAGAGAUGCUCUUAAGGACGGCGGUAUCUUUGCCAUCACCUCCUGUAACUGGACCAAAGAGCAGCUGCUGGAGAGAUUCUGUGAAGGGUUUGAAUUUGUACAGGAGUUGCCUACUCCCAGCUUCAAGUUUGGAGGAAAAACUGGCAACAGUGUGGCAGCACUAAUCUUCAAGAGAGUGCGUUGAUUGAAGUUUCUCAAGUGAUUUUUUUCUUUUUUUUAAUUACGUUUUUUUCUUUUGUUUUUUUUAUUUCUAUUUGAAACCAGAUAUUUUAGUUUGACCUUUUGUACAAGUCAUGACUAUAGUGUAUUACAAUAAAGCAAAUACAUAGUC